GGAAGUUGGGGUUUGAGGGGAAUUCCACCCCACUACCACUGAGGAGAAUACUUUUGCAUCUUACCUCUCUGUCUCCCAAAGUUUAGAAUUUUCUAUCCUUAUUACUCCAAAGGAUUAGGAUGCUUGUGAAGCCUUCUGCGUGCAUCUUUCUUUUCACCUGUGUCUUCCAACUCAGCCAUACCUGGUCAGUGAACAAUUUCCUGAUGACUGGUCCAAAGGCUUACCUGAUCUACUCCAGCAGCGUGGCAGCUGGUGCCCAGAGUGGAAUUGAAGAAUGCAAAUACCAGUUUGCUUGGGACCGCUGGAACUGCCCUGAGAGAGCCCUGCAGCUGUCCAGCCAUGGUGGCCUUCGCAGUGCUAAUCGGGAGACAGCGUUUGUGCACGCCAUCAGUUCUGCCGGGGUCAUGUACACUCUGACUAGAAACUGCAGCCUUGGGGAUUUUGACAACUGUGGCUGUGAUGACUCCCGCAAUGGGCAACUGGGGGGCCAAGGCUGGCUGUGGGGAGGCUGCAGCGACAACGUGGGCUUCGGAGAGGCAAUAUCCAAGCAGUUCGUCGAUGCCCUGGAGACAGGACAGGAUGCUCGGGCAGCUAUGAACCUGCACAACAACGAGGCCGGCCGCAAGGCGGUGAAGGGCACCAUGAAACGCACGUGCAAGUGCCACGGGGUGUCUGGCAGCUGCACCACGCAGACCUGCUGGCUGCAGCUGCCGGAGUUCCGAGAGGUGGGCGCGCACCUGAAAGAGAAGUACCACGCAGCUCUCAAGGUGGACCUGCUGCAGGGUGCAGGCAACAGCGCGGCGGGCCGCGGCGCCAUCGCUGACACCUUUCGCUCCAUCUCCACGUGGGAGCUGGUGCACCUGGAGGACUCCCCGGACUACUGCCUGGAGAACAAGACGCUAGGGCUGCUGGGCACCGAAGGCAGAGAGUGCCUGCGGCGCGGCCGGGCCCUGGGCCGCUGGGAGCGCCGCAGCUGCCGCCGACUCUGCGGGGACUGCGGGCUGGCGGUAGAGGAGCGCCGCGCCGAGACCGUGUCCAGCUGCAACUGCAAGUUUCACUGGUGCUGCGCGGUGCGCUGCGAGCAGUGCCGCCGGCGAGUCACCAAGUACUUCUGCAGCCGCGCGGACCGGCCACGGGGGGGCGCGGCGCACGAACCCGGGAGAAAACCCUAAGCGACUCCUCUCCCCUCUCUCGUUUCCCCUUUGGUCCUUGGCUUUUUUUAGAGACCCCAGUAGUGAGGAAUCUAGGGAAUAGGGACCCCACACUACCAAGGCCAGGGAUCCCGAGGGAGAGAGCUGCUGCAUUCUCUCCGGAGCUCGCCACUUUCCAACCUGUUUCCACAGUUUCUCUGCUGUCGGCAUCGUCGGCCCCACCACGCUGAGGUCUGACAGCGCUCUGAGACUCUGAGCUACUGAUCUUCCCAGGACUUCGAAGAGAAUGGGCGUUCCUUCUCCCGGUCCUGCCUGCUAUAAUGCCUGACCUAGCCUGUGGAACUUUGGAACUGGAAGAACCCUCCUGAGUUAUGCAGGGCCCAGAGAAAGCAUGGCUUU